AUGGCAGGACUUCGACACCUGAUCCCAGGACUCGUGCUGAGUCUGGGGAGCAGUGUCUCUGCAUCUCCUCUGGCUGUCCUGCCUCUCAACGCGACUUACACCAAUGUCACCUCCAACCCUCAGUUCAGCAAUUACACCAGUACUAAGACUGUGCUGAGCACUGCAACCAUAUACAACGCUGCGAGCACCGACGUAGUCGUUGUUGCAGCCAUUGGUGGUCACCAGGCAAGCUCCUCUGGCAUUUCCGCAGGUGCUGCUCAUGGCCCGGGAUCGUCAGCAGCUUCUGCCGUUGUGAUCCACGGUGGAUCUCAAUCUCAAGCACCGGUCAACUCGGGUGCGUUCCAAACCAUCGUGGUCACCCAGACUGUAGCAGGGUGCUCCUUAGGGGGACCCUUAGGCACUCCAUCCUCGACCGGCAACCAUGCUCCAUUCGCCGUCGCUCUGUCCUCCACUGCAAAAUACGCCGCUGCCACGGUCCAGCCUGCUGUCCAUUGGGAUUACCCUCUCGAUGAUCUCAACAAUCUGAUACCAUCGAGAAACACCAGUCUCUACUACGGUCUUGCCGAUCCCAAGGUCGAGCAUUCUUUCGCGUCCGUAGUCACUGACAUGACCCACGAUGCCGUCAUUCUCGAUCACUCUUCGUACAUCUCAAGCACUUCUUGUUCAGAGGAAGGCAUCCUCGUCUCCUUUACCACUACCCAAGCCUUCAACCUGGCCUGUGACAGUUGGUCUAGUAUUUCUACCGGCCUGGUACUUGCGACUUAUACAGAUGGAUGUCAUGGUGACUCUGAAGAUCAACGCACCUUCUGGCUCAUUGCUUCGCUUUCCUUCGAUAACAAGACUUUGACUAUCAAGGCUAUCGUCAGUGACGAGCUUGAUAUUGGAGAGCUCUUCCAUGAAGUCGACCUUGUAUGGGGAACAUAUACCCCUGGAAGUAGUGGCGUGCCUGCCAUUAGUGGUACUGCAUCGAGUCAGGCUCCAAAGGGCGGCUCCUAUUCCACCCUAAGUGGUAACGCAGGUGCUAGUGCUACUGCUAGCGGUGCUGUGCCCACUCGUACGUCCUCUGGUAACAACACUCUCUACGGGUCUUCUUGUGGAGCUGCUCCAUCAUCGGUCAUUGACGGUCUGCCUGCUAUCGAUUGUGGUGAUGCAGACUUCGAUGCCCGCCUUGAUGAUCGUAUCGGAUAUCUUGAUACCACGGACAAUUUUGCCUCAAGUCUUGAGAACUUCUUGCCAGAGGUUGACUUCGACUCAGAUGAUCUUGUGAAUGACGAGGCUACUCUCAUGCGCCGCGACCUUGGUGAUUUUUUCAGGCCUGUCGGAAAUUUCCUGAGAAAGACCGGCACAGUCAUCAAGAAAACUGCUUCGGUCGCAGUCGAUGUUACGAUCGGUACCGGUAAAGUUGCCCUUACUAGCUUGCGACUCGUUCCGGUGCUCGGAGAUGUUUUUGACGCUGCGACUAAUGGUGCUCUGAGCGACCUGUCCGAUUUCAACCCUUCCAUCCAGGGAGUUCAAGAAUUCAACUUUGGCCCUCAGGCAACUGUGGACUCACCUUGGGGUAAAGCAGCCUCGAUUUACUCCGAGAAGAAGGAGUCCAAGAACAAGAAAGCAGAGGCAUCCGUUGACCUGUACUGUGUUGACUGUGGCGUCAAGGGCAAAGUCUCUAUGGCCGGGCAAGCAAAGUGGAACGGCAAAGACGGCCUCAAAGCGCUUAAUGCUGGUAUUAAUGCGAACAUCGAAGCUGGUGUUCAUCUCGGUCUUGCCGUGACUGCCUCUUACAAGGACAAAAAGGAAAAGAAGAUCAUCAAUGCACCUCUUCCUUACGUCGGAGUCGCUGUUGGAAAGCUUUUCACUGCCGGCGUAUACAUCAGUGUCGACGCAAAAUCUUCCGUCGAAGUCGACGCCGAGGGUCAGGUUUUAGUCGGUGUGGCCAUGAAAAUUCCCAACUUCGAAGCCAAGCUUGAUCUCUUCAACGAGCAAAGCGCCAGCAAGUCUUCAAUCACAGGAUUUACCCCAAAUUUCACCCGGCGUUUUGAGGCGAGCGGCAAGAUUGGCGCCAAAGUCAGUUUGAGUCUUCCUAUUGCAAUCAAUGCCGGCAUCGAAAUUCCUCCUUUGAGCUUGAAGCGAGUCCUGGCUCUGAUCGAGGAGCCUAAGGUCUAUGGCAAUCUUACUGUGGCAGCCUCUUCUGCAGAUGCGGAAGCAGCUAGCGAGACUUGUAACAAUGGUAUCGAGUACCUUGCUAAUGUCCAAAACGACAUCAACCUUGACUUCUUGGGCAUCAAGACAUUCAAUCUAGCUCACUAUGAUUCUCCACCUCUCCUGAAGGGAUGCAAGAAAUUCGACGGCUCAAAGGCAACGUCGAAGGCCUCUUCUGCUGCGUCCUCGCAGGCAUCAACUGCUACAAUAGAUCGUACUGCUGCAAAGACCACAAUUGCUACUACCGGAAAUACUGGCCCUGUUUCGACCUCUGCUACAACCGGAGCCUCGAGUGCCGUCAGCACUGGUACCCAGCCCACUACCACUGACGAUUCCGAACCUUCGGAGCCCACCAAUACCGAAGAUCCGACAGCGACUGAUGGUACAGAUCAGGAAGACCCUACUGAAACUGGUGAACCAUCUGAUCCCAGUGCUACUGGAAGCGAAGACGGUCCUGAGCCAACCGAAACAAACGCUCCUGAGGACGAGACACCCACAGGAACUGAUAGUGCCUCUACUCCGGAUGCAACUGAGGAGCCUAUCACAGAGGAUAGUGAACCUGAUAAUGACAAGUCUGCCUCGAGCGCUGACGAGCAAAGUGGAGCUGAACAGCUUCAGAGACGCCACGCUCGUAGCUUCUUGGCCCGUCGUCAGGACAGCACCACUUCAGCUGACGACUCCGAGAACAACGAUGACAGUGGUAGCGACCAAUUGUACACUUUGGAUGACGACGAAAACUACACUGAGACCUUCGACAAUGAUGUUGCUACCGAGGAAGAGCUCUCUGACGAUGCAAUCGGUGACUACUCCGAGGACCCAGACAACACAGCCUUCUUGGAGAACACUAAUAAGGCUCUUGCUCUGGCUUCUGUUUCUGAAUCUCCAACUGAUGCAAACUACACUACCCUUGUAGAUAUCCAAAAGACGCUCGCAAUCGUGCCUAGCGCCAACGGAAAUCUCUAUAUCGCCACUUACAGCGAAGAGCUGGUCCAAUCUCAGACCCUGCUCUUCGGUAAUUACGACGACGCCGUCUUCGGUGACGAUAGUGGUCGUCUCCUCCACUUCCACCCCGAUGAGAUGAAGGUUUACGGUGCCAGUCGUCUGCGCCUGAGCGAUGACACUGGUAUUCCCAAGAGCGCCGACUUUAUGACUUUGGUCUUGCAGGAGGUUGAGAACAAUCAAUCGGUCUACUUCGGCUUCGACACCACUGGCAAUUCAUACAACAUUGUCAUGUGUAACUUUGUCAACGACGCCGUCAGCAAGCUUUUCGUGGUCAACGGAGAGGAGGGUCUGAACGCCUUGACUAGCAACGCAAACAUCAAGUACACUGUUACUGGUGGCCCUGUCCAGGACUGCUACGCACUCGCCCUCGUCAAUGCGGUUUGA